CAAGCCUGCGUACGUCAUCGUCUUGAAAUCGUAUGUAAUUUAGUGUUGUCCAGUUUACCUAUCCCAUUUCAAAAAUCUGGUUGAAAGGAAAAGGAAACUAGAUAUCGCACUGUUCACAGUGAACAUGUUGUGGCAUACGCAUACACGUAUUUCCAGCCGUAAAUACGUCUCAUUUUGGGAGAGGAAUUUGACGUCCUGUGUGUACAAUGUACUACUACUACUUGCACCAUACGUACACGAGUUAUUUCCCACACUGUUUCCCGCACUUCCAAUUCCCCACGCUGUGAGCAAUGCACCAGCACCCGUACAUGUAGGCCUAUGCUUGGCAUGCAUCAGCCAGCGCGGCCCCGAGUGGGCCGAUCAUCCUUCUGGUGGUUUACGGCAGUUUGUCUCUUCUCAGUCUUGGGAUUGAUGGCAAGCAUUUACAUCACGGAGGAUGGCCAUGUACUGCUGUAUAAUCGGCUGAGAUUGAAGGUUACUGAUAGCCAUGUCUAUGUAACGUCAGCGAGUAAAACAAAGCCAGUGAAAACGGUAACGACGUCGUUAACGACGUUAUUGACGACACCAACAAACAACCAGACAAGUCAGGUGACUUUACAUUGCAAGAUGGUGUGCAGUCAAUCUGCAGGUAACUUCUGCGUUCCUCUAGAAUUUGCCAUCUUUGUCUACAAGACCGAUACACCAACUGACAACAUGACCUUUAACUUGCAAAAUUAUAAUCCCGUUGUGCAUAUUGCAAGAGAAAGCAACACUUCUCACGAAUCCUCAGUGCUGGAGGUAGAGCGAUGUAACUUGGAGGAACAUUUCCCUGGAGUGGAGCUCAUCCCACGGCAGCCUAGCUGUGCUGUGAUCGGUAACAGCGGUAUCUUAAACAACAGCAGUUGCGGGAAUUUCAUCGACUCACAUGACUUCGUUAUCCGCGCCAAUAUGGGGCUGAUAAAAGGCUACGAAGUUGACGUCGGCAAAACGUCAAGUUUGAAUGCUUUUAAUACCCUUCUGUUGUCUUCAUACGGCAGUGCCAUGGAGAAGACAAAAAGCAAAAGAAAACUGCAUAUACGGGCUACAUUUUUCGACACCAUCAAAACUUUGAAAGAGUCGAUUUUGUGGUACCCGAAAGAACUGUACAUAGGAAAUGGUAGCUUUGCAUCUGGCAGGAAUUAUCGGUCUGUAAUCGACGCAUUACGGAGAAAAGGAUUCACUGGUAUCCGAUUUGCUUACAGCUGGAAACCUGUCCAUGUCGAAAAGUUAUGGGGCUUACCACUAGGAGGCACGCUUGGAUUAGACAUAUACACAGUCGCUCGGACGUUCUGCUCGAACAUCACUCUCUUCGGAUUCUACCCGUUCCACAAAGAUCUGGAGGGUCGAGCAGUCAAGUAUCACUAUUAUGAUAAAAGGAAAUUAGACUUUGACCGCAGUAAGUGGCACAAUUUUUCAAUGGAACACACCAUACUGAAAGAGCUGGAACGACAAGGGAAACUGACUUUAGUCGUCAGAGAUUGCAAGCCAAGAAAGUAGCAAAAAUGAACUCUGUGUCUCCUGCAGGGGCGGCGG